GAGUGCGGCGCGGCCCCCGCAUGAGCCCGGGCGGCAGCGGCGGCGGGAGCGCCCGGGAGCAGCAGCCGAGGUAGCCAGGUUGAGCCUGCUUCCCUGUAUUAUGCAAACUGCUGAAUGGAGGAAGGGGGUGGAAGUCAGUCUUUACCGAUACUCUUUCCGUUACCAUCCUGCAUGGUUCUUUACCCAUGUUUUACAGAGUGGUGAAGAAUUAGGAGAAGCUGCAGUUGUUCUGCUGAGUGCAACUAAAUGGGUGGCUUCCUUCUGGACCCUCACUUCACUGUCUUAGGUACAAGAACUGUAGAAGUCCAUUUUAGAAUUUGAAAGAACAAGAUUCUGCAGCUCUGGAAAGAUAUGCCAUGGAAGUAAUCAGCUGGGGUGGUCCCAGGGCGCUCUGGGCACGAGUAUUGCUGAGUGAUCAUUGGCUGCCACCUGCGUGACAAAGUAAAGGACCAACCCUUCAAUUUAUACCAGUGGAGCCAGAUCACGGGAAACAAUUGACAGAAUUGUUAAGCUUAUGCUUAGCCCAGCGUGUGAUACAGGAGUGGUGCGACAACUCAGUUUAUAUCAGUGACUCAAAAUUGUGAUCACCCUGAUGUCACCGAAUGGCCACAGCUUGUAAAAGAUCACCAGGAGAACCGCACUCUGAGAACAUUGAAACUAGCCGAAUGAAGCGAGCAGCUGCAAAGCAUCUAAUAGAGCGCUACUACCACCAGUUAACCGAGGGCUGUGGAAAUGAAGCCUGCACGAAUGAAUUUUGUGCUUCCUGUCCAACUUUUCUCCGUAUGGAUAACAAUGCAGCAGCCAUUAAGGCCCUCGAGCUUUAUAAGAUUAAUGCAAAACUCUGUGAUCCUCAUCCCUCCAAGAAAGGAACGAGCUCAGCUUACCUAGAAAACAAUUCCAAAGGUGCCCAUAACAAUUCCUGCACUGACAGAAAAAUGAACAAGAAGGAAAUGCAAGGCCCAAGAGAUGACUUUAAAGAUGUGACUUUCCUAACAGAAGACAAGAUAUAUGAAAUUCUUGAACUAUGUCGAGAAAAAGAAGAUUAUUCCCCUUUAAUCCGGGUGAUUGGGAGAGUGUUUUCAAGUGCUGAAGCACUAGUGCAGAGUUUCCGAAAAACCAAGCAGCACACCAAGGAGGAGCUCAAGUCUCUUCAAGGAAAGGAUGAAGACAAAGAUGAAGAUGAAAAGGAAAAAGCUGCCUGUUCGGCUGCUGCUAUGGAAGAGGAUUCUGGUGCAUCAUCAUCUUCAUCAUCAAGAAUAGGCGAUAACACACAGGGAGAUAAUAACCUCCAAAAACUAGGCCCAGAUGAAGUGUCUGUAGAUAUUGAAGCAGUCAGACGGGUCUAUGAUAGGUUACUUUCUAAUGAAAAAAUAGAAACUGCCUUUUUAAAUGCACUUGUGUACUUGUCACCUAAUGUGGAAUGUGACUUGACUUACCAUAAUGUGUACUCUCGGGAUCCUAACUAUCUGAAUUUGUUUAUUAUCGUUAUGGAGAACGGCAAUCUUCAUAGCCCAGAAUAUCUGGAAAUGGCCCUACCAUUGUUUUGCAAAGCAAUGAGCAAACUACCCCUUGCAGCUCAAGCAAAACUGGUCAGAUUGUGGUCUAAGUACAGAGCAGAUCAAAUUCGGAGAAUGAUGGAAACAUUUCAGCAGCUUAUUACUUACAAAGUCAUAAGCAACGAGUUCAAUAGUCGUAACCUAGUGAAUGAUGAUGAUGCUGUUGUUGCUGCUUCAAAGUGCUUGAAAAUGGUUUACUAUGCAAAUGUAGUAGGGGGGGAUGUGGAUACAGAUCAUAACGAAGAGGAAGAUGAAGAACCCAUCCCAGAAUCAAGUGAACUAACUCUUCAAGAGCUGUUGGGUGAGGAAAGAAGAAAUAAGAAAGGUCCUCGAGUAGACCCACUGGAAACUGAACUUGGUGUUAAAACUAUAGAUUGCAGAAAACCACUUAUCCCUUUUGAAGAAUUUAUUAAUGAACCACUGAAUGAUGUUUUAGAAAUGGACAAAGACUACACAUUCUUCAAAGUAGAAACAGAGAAUAAAUUCUCAUUUAUGACCUGUCCCUUCAUAUUGAAUGCUGUUACCAAGAACCUGGGAUUGUAUUAUGACAAUAGGAUCCGGAUGUACAGUGAAAGACGCAUAACUGUGCUCUACAGCUUAGUUCAAGGGCAGCAGCUCAACCCCUACUUGCGGCUGAAAGUGAGGCGUGAUCACAUCAUCGAUGAUGCGCUUGUCCGGCUAGAGAUGAUUGCCAUGGAAAAUCCUGCAGACUUGAAGAAGCAAUUGUAUGUUGAAUUUGAAGGAGAGCAAGGGGUAGAUGAAGGAGGUGUUUCCAAAGAAUUUUUUCAACUGGUUGUGGAAGAAAUCUUCAAUCCAGAUAUUGGGAUGUUCACAUAUGAUGAGUCUACAAAACUGUUUUGGUUUAAUCCGUCCUCUUUCGAAACUGAGGGUCAAUUUACCCUGAUCGGCAUAGUACUGGGACUGGCUAUCUACAACAACUGUAUACUGGAUGUACAUUUCCCCAUGGUUGUCUACAGGAAGCUAAUGGGCAAAAAAGGAACUUUCCGUGAUCUGGCAGACUCUCAUCCUGUUCUGUAUCAGAGUUUGAGAGACUUACUGGAGUAUGAAGGAAGUGUGGAAGAUGAUAUGAUGAUAACGUUUCAAAUAUCUCACACGGACCUCUUUGGCAAUCCGAUGAUGCAUGAUUUAAAGGAAAACGGUGAUAAAAUUCCUAUUACAAAUGAAAACAGAAAGGAAUUUGUCAAUCUGUAUGCUGACUAUAUACUCAAUAAAUCAGUAGAAAAGCAGUUCAAGGCCUUUCGGAGAGGAUUCCACAUGGUGACCAAUGAAUCUCCUUUGAAAUAUUUAUUUAGACCGGAGGAAAUUGAAUUACUUAUUUGUGGAAGUAGGAAUUUAGAUUUUCAAGCACUAGAAGAAACUACAGAAUAUGAUGGUGGCUAUACAAGAGACUCUCUUAUUAUUAGGGAAUUCUGGGAAAUUGUCCAUUCAUUUACAGAUGAACAGAAAAGACUAUUCUUACAGUUUACAACAGGCACAGACAGAGCCCCUGUGGGAGGACUUGGAAAGUUAAAGAUGAUCAUAGCCAAAAAUGGCCCAGAUACAGAGAGGUUACCUACAUCUCACACAUGCUUUAAUGUACUUUUGCUUCCGGAAUACUCAAGCAAAGAAAAGCUUAAAGAAAGAUUAUUGAAGGCCAUCACAUAUGCCAAAGGAUUUGGCAUGCUGUAAUAAGUAUAACAAAAGGGAUUAAAAAAUGAUGGUGAUGAUGUCCCUGUCCAAAAAGGCCAUAAGAUAGUGAGCUACAGUAGUCACCUGUGUUUGUGCCUCCCUUCUUUACUGGGGACAUUGGGCUGGAACAGCAGAUUUCAGCUGCUUAUAUGAACAAAAUCUUUAUUUUUUCUUUUAGCGUGAAAGUGUUACAUAUUCUUUCACUUGUAUGUACAGAGAGGUUUUCCUGAAUAUUUAUUUUAAGGGUUAAAUCACUUUUGCUUGUGUUUAUUACUGCUUGAAGUUGAGCCUUUUUGAGUAUUUACAAGAAAACAAACUGUACUCUCCCAAGGAAAAUAUUGCCAUCAUUUGUAGACCAUGUAACCUUCAAGUAUGUGCUAUAUUUUUGUCCCUGUAUCUAAUCAAAUCAAGAACUGUACUUUUUGAAGAGUUUGCUUUUGAAACUUGAAGUCUUGAAAAACAGUGUGAUGCAAUUACUGCUGUUCUAGCCCCCAAAGAGUUUCUGUGCAAAAUCUUAAGAAUCAAUAAAGAUGGAAGGGAGAACUUGGAAUGUUAAAUUGCAGCCUUGAGAACUUUACUUUAGUCACAGCACAACAAUUAAAAUUCAUUUCACUAUAUGUUGUCUUCACAUGUCUUGUAAUAAACUGUGUUUUUAAUUAGGAAACAUUUCUUAGCAUAUGAAAGGGUAGAAAUUUUAGUUACUUUUUAAAAAAAAGAAGUUUACUGGGGAAAGUGCAUUUUCAACUGAACAGCUUUAGAAUAGGGAGUGAAGUGUCUGGAAAAAAGAUAGGAAGUUUUUGCUAUAUUAUAAACAAAGCAUGUGGAAGUGCACUUAAAAUGAAGUUCUAUUCUUAAUUGCCUAUUAUGUUGACAUUUAAAAUAGACAAUCCAAAGUCUUCCCUAUAUGUUAUGUCAUCAUCAUUUAUUUAAUGAAUCAUUUUUCCUACCUAUCAAGGCACAUGAUCAGUGUUGCACCAUAGUCUAAAGGGAUGGCUACUGUGUUUUAAUCUCAUCUAACAAUAAGCAAAAUUGAACAAUAUUAAACGUGAGGCCUACUUCAUGUUGUACACUUCCAACCAUUAAAUAAACUUUUAGAAAGUAAGUACUAAGGUUAUGUUAAUCUACUGCAUAAAGUAUUCAGUAGGUUUUUAAUUUAACUCUACAAAUCAUAUCAGAAAUAAAUCCUUUACCUUUCUUAGUCUGUGUUUAAUGUUAAUUUCUCCUGUUGCAAUAUACAAUGAAGGGAUUCUGCAUUUUGUAAGUGCAGAUGUAACUGGCAUAUCUCUUUUCCAAUACAAGCUGCAGCAGGUGUGCAGAGCUGAGCUUGUGCCUUGACAAUUGUUAUUACUGGCUACUACCGAUCAAACCCGUGACUGUGGAAUUGGCAUUAAAAGGCUUAGUUUUGAAAUCAUUGGAAAAAGAAAAGAUGUCUUUCAGGACUAUUUUAAUAAAUUCUUUCUAGUAAUAGAAACAGACAACUGUUAUGUAACUAUGAUGCUGAAUAAAACAAUGACCUUUUUUCACCAUGGUUCAGUGAAAAAGAAGAGAAGUUUCUUACUUUGAUAAAUUAGAUAUUAAAUGGUUUGAUUAGACAUUGUUGUAGUACUGCAUAAUUUGAGGGUUACAGGUACAGAAAGGUCUCCACAAGUGAACUGUAGUGAUGUUCCCCUCUCAAAUCCAAGCCAAUGCCAGGUGGCCUGGACACGUGGGACUGAAACGUGCUGGGGAGGGAAAGAUGCUGUCUGUCUUCUGGCCUUUGAUCUCUGAGGUGGCCCUUAAGGCCUGCCCUCUUGUAUGUCCACCUUUUUGUAUGUCCCAAAGGAGGAAAACACAAGAUACCCUACCUCUCAGUGUAGUGGUUGACAACAGUGCCUGCUGAGCCCUUCAAGUUUGGAGCAGCUCUUACUGUAGGUGGUAAGAACAUUUGCUGAGUGCCUUAAGGUUAUUCACUACGAGCACAAACACAUCAUGAUGCUGCUGUGUGGUAUGUACUAUGUUCACAGUCUAAUGUGUUAAGCUCUAUCCCUGUAACUCUUCUUACACUAAUUCAGCUGUUGGUUUGUGGUUGCCCCCAGACAACAGAUAUAUGUGAUUCAUGUUGGCGUUUUUUAUAUAGGUCUAAAAGCUGUGCAGACAGCAUAACUGAAUAGCAAUGCAAAGUUCUCUUAAUUCAAUUGUUGACAUUGUAAAUAUGCUUUCUGUUUUCCUUUAGCAUUAAGAUUAACAUAAUGCAUAAUGGCAUUGGCUUUCAAAAGCCUAUGUUGUUUUUCAAGGAAUCAUUUUCAGGUAAGAUAUAAGUACUUAAUAUUUGACUGAUUUGUCAUGUAAAUAUAUACUGCCUCCCCCCAGAUACCACUGUAUUGAAACCUUAUCUUCUUAGGGCUGGUGUAAGUGCACUAGUUGUUCAGUAGCACCAGUUGAUAAGGUUUAAAAUAAAUAAAUCUUGAAGUCUAA